AUGUUUGUAUCCGUACUUUUUCUUGCCUUUGCUGGCCUUGUGGCCCUCAUCCUCGCCAUCCUUCAACGUCCCCGCGGCAAAGUGCCCAUCUCGGUCAACUACCACUUUACCAGAAAGUGCAAUAAAGUCUGCGGCUUUUGCUUUCACACGGCGACCACGUCCCAUGUGGAGACGACAGACCGGUCCAAGGAAGGUCUCCGGCUUCUCAAACAGGCCGGCAUGCGCAAGAUCAACUUUGCCGGCGGUGAACCAUUCCUGUAUCCCAAGCUUCUGGGAGACAUGAUCGUGUUCUGCAAGGAGACGCUGAGUCUCGAGUCGGUCUCCAUCGUCACAAACGGAAGCAAGGUCCAGCGUAACUUUCUGCAAAAGUAUGGCUUUUUCAUUGACAUCCUUGCCGUCAGCUGCGACUCCUUCAAUGAGGUUACCAAUAUUGAGAUCGGCCGCGGGUCAGGCGAUCAAGUCCAGAAGCUGUACGAAAUCGCGGCCUGGUGCCAAGAGUUUCACAUCAAGUUCAAGCUCAACACCGUCGUCAACCAACUCAACCAUACAGAAGAUAUGAACCAGCACAUAGAAAAGCUGCAGCCCUUCCGCUGGAAGUGCUUUCAGGUGCUCAUCGUGCCUGGCGAGAACGACUCGGCCACCGAAACGCUGCGUAAUGGUCACAAGUUCACCAUCUCUGGUGAGGAGUUUGACCUUUUCUGCCAGAGGCACAGCGCCCAACACUGCCUGGUGCCAGAGCCCAACCGGCUGAUGGCUAAGAGCUACCUGAUCCUCGACGAAUACUUGCGAUUUCUGGACCGUGACGGACGAAAACCUUCCCAACCAAUUGUCGAAGUUGGUGUUCAGAAGGCACUGGAGAGUGUAUAUUGGGAUGAGGCAUCAUUUGUGCAGAGAGGCGGGAUCUAUGACUGGGCCAAGAAAAGCUGUUCUUCGGGUCAGAGCAAGGAGUUGGAGUGGUAG